CGAUCAUUCCAACACAUCACUUUGAUUAUCCCACACCAUGCUCUCCGCUCUCCUCGCCGCCCUCCUCCUCCUAGCAGGCUACCUAACCACCACAACCCUAACAUCGCGGAAAAAGCACCCACCUCUACCUCCGGGCCCUCCCCGCCAACCCAUCAUCGGCAAUCUGAACGACCUCCCUCGUCCCGGCCAACAGGACUGGAAACAUUGGCUCAAGCAUAAGGAGCUGUACGGCCCCAUCAGCUCCCUCAGCGUCCUCGGCCAAACCAUCAUCAUCCUCAACGAGGCGCGCCACGCAGUCGAGCUGCUGGAGAAGCGCUCGGCGAUCUACUCCUCCCGCCCGCAGCAGAACUUCGCCGAGAUGUCCGGCUGGCACAACGUGCUCGGCUCCGUGAAAAGCACCGAGCGCCUCCGUGCCACGCGCAAGAACCUGCACCAGGAGAUCGGGUCGAACAAGUCGGUGGCCCGGUUCGACGCGGUGCAGACCGCGGAGGUGGGGAGGUUUCUGAUGCGCGUGCUGGAGGCGCCGGGGCGGUUGAUGGAGCAUAUUCGCAAAGAAACCGGCGCCAUCAUCCUCAAGAUCGGAUACGGGUAUACGGUCGAGCCGCACGGCCGGGACCCGCUGGUCGAGCUGGCCGACCGCGCGAUGGAGGACUUCUCGGUGGCGAUGCUGCCGGCGACGUACUUGGUGGAUUAUCUCCCGUUCUUGAGACACCUCCCCGCCUGCUUCCCCGGGGCCAGCUUCAUCCGCACCGCGCGCGGGUACAACAAGACCGUCACGGCCUUCAGCGACCUCCCCUACGCGUUCGUGCAGCACCAGAUGCACCACGACACAGAAUACACGCCGUCCUUCCUGUCCAACCUGCUGCUGCACCAGCCCGCGCUGCCCCUGCCCCGCGGCUCCGAGGCUGAGGUCACGGUCAAAUGGUCGGCGGCCUCGCUGUAUGCCGGCGGGGCGGAUACCACCGUCUCCUCCAUGGCCACCUUCUUCCUCGCCAUGGCCCUCUUCCCGGCCGUGCAGCGCAAAGCCCAGGCCGAACUGGACAUGGUCCUCGGCGCGGCGGCACGGCUGCCCACCUUCGCCGACCGCGAGAACCUGCCCUACAUCAAUGCCCUCAUCAAGGAGGUCUUCCGGUGGCAUCCCGUCGUGCCGAUGGAUCUCUCGCAUGUGGUGACCCAGGAGGAUGAGUAUGAGGGGUAUUGGAUCCCGAAGGGGGCGUCGGUUCUGGCGAAUAUCUGGGCGUUCACCCACGAUCCCGAUGUGUAUCCUGAUCCGGAGGCGUUUAGGCCGGAGCGGUUCCUGCCUGCUGCUACUGUGACCAAUGGUGGUGGUGGUGGUGGUGGUGAUGGUGGUGGUGGUGAUGGUGGUGGUGCUGCUGCUACUACUACUACUGACGUCCAACGAGACCCCCACCUCCUGGUCUUCGGGUUCGGGCGGAGAGUCUGCCCCGGGCGGACCCUGGCGGAUGCGAAUGUGUACCUGACGAUUGCGCAGGCGCUAACGGUGUUUCGCAUUCAGGGGCCGGAGAACGCAGACUGGAAGCCUGAGUUUCUGCCGGGCGUGAUCAGUCAUCCGGUCGUGCCGGCGGGGUUGAGGAUCGAGGCCAGGAGUGAGGCGCAUGCUGCGUUGGUGAGGGAGGUGGAGAGGGUGUUUCCUUUUGAGAAGAGUCAUUCGGGGGAGUUGGUGGGGUUGUCUUAUUAGUUUGAUAAGCGGGUGAGUGAAGAGGUAGGGGCGAGGUUGGGUUGAUUAAGGUAUAUCUCAUUGGCUAUUAUACGAAAGAACAGAUGUGAGGGGUAAGAUUCCCCCGGUAUUAUUGUAUGUAACAUGCAUCCUGCGGACUCCGGGUGGAAAUGGAGUUUAUUGCUCCAGGGCAGAGCAACCCAGUGCCAAAACGCC